UAAGUGGGACGCAGCUCAGAGGUGGUCAGAGCGUUGGGUCUAGCGCAGGCAGGCACGAACCCGGGCGCCGCUCCCUCGUAAAGCAAACGCCUGCAGCUUCCUCAAACCUUUUACCUGUGACAACCCGCACAACACAAGACCGACAGCCACAAGGUGCCAGAGCGACACCAUCCGUCAAGGCUCGACAUCUUGCGCAUUUGACGACGCUGACUACACAAGCAACUUCAAAUCCCCGUGCCAGUAUGGCUUCCCGCCGUGGCUAUGGCGGCUACGACGACCGCUAUGCGGGCGGCUCUCGUCGCGACGACAGGCGAGAUCGCGACCGCCACCGAGACCGAUCCCGUGAGCGAAACCGAGACCCCGAUCACUAUCGGGACGAGCGCACUCGUGAGGAUGAUAGACGUCGCCGUGGAGAAGACCGCUAUUCAAGUGGACGUGAUAGAGAUAGAGACCGAUAUGACGACCGCCGCCGCCGCCGAGACGACCGGGACUACGAUCGCAGCCGCAAUUCCCGUCAGCGCUCACGUUCUCCCCGUGACCAAUCUAGAGAUCGACGAGACACUCGAGACAGCCGUUACCGCGACCACGACCGGUAUGAACCCCGCUCUGAACGCCGAUUCCACAGCGAUGGCCGCCCCCGCAGCUCCCAUUCGGCCGCCUCUGGCGUAGACUUGAGGCCCACCUCCCGUUCUAGCAAUCUCUCCAGGGAAGAAAUCAAGAAGCGUGACGAGGAAAAGAAGAAGCAAGAGGAGGAAGCCAAGACAGCUGCCAAACUUGCUCGUGUGGCAGAGUGGAAGAAGGCCCAACUCGCUAAGAAGGCCGCCGCUCAAGCUGCAAGUGCCGCUACAGCGUCCUCUACACCCACCGCCUCUGAGCAGGACAAAUCAAAGCCAGCAGCAAACGCGAGUUCUGAAAAGAAGCCCGUUCAGACAGCCCCCUCCUUUCAGCUUGACCAAUCUGCAGCGGCGCGCCCUUCUGGGUUCAAGGCUGCCGCAAAGCCAAACGGCGCUGGUCUUUCUGGUUCCGCUGAUGUGUCUCAAUCCACCGUCACUAACAUUGGCGCGUUCGGACUCAAGAGCAAAUCAGCCAAGGAAAAUGAUGCGCCUGGCAACAAAGCCCUACUGGAUGAUGGAGAAAAGUCCGGCAAGCGCUCCCUCCAGCCACUGGCCGACUUGAACCCCGCUGAGGGACAAGAGCCUGAUGCUGUCGUCGCUAACAAUGGCGAGGACGACCCCAUGAGCGACAUGGCGAGUCCCGAGGGCAACAACGCCGAACUUCAGGCCCAGUUGGAGAAACGUCGCGCCGAGAUUGCGCAGGAGAGCACAGAAACGGAAGGCACCCCUGCCAUGCCCAACGCAUCCAGCGAAAAGAUGGACGUUGACGAUGCUGCAGGCGAACAAGCCGAAGAACAAGAGGAAGUUGACCCCCUCGACGCUUUCAUGGCCAACAUGAAUACAGAUGAACCCCAAGCUAGAGCCCCCCAGGGUCAAGCCAUGUUUGGUGAUGACCUGGAGCCUACCUUCACUGCCGUCGAGGAUGAAGACAUCAUGGCCCUCAAGGCAUCAAAGAAGAAGAAGAAGGAAGUACCUGUCAUCGACCACUCCAAAGUUGAGUAUGAGCCCUUCACCAAAAAUUUCUACAAAGAGCCCGCCGAAGUCGCGCAGAUGACCCCCGAAGAAGUCGCAGACUUACGCCACGAACUCGAUGGUAUCAAAGUCAAGCCUGCCAACGUUCCCUGUCCCGUCAUCAAAUGGGCUCAGAUGGGCCUACUCCAACCUACAUUGGACGUUUUUGCAAAGCUCAAGUAUGAAAAGCCGACGCCUAUCCAAUCCCAAGCAAUUCCCAUUGCGGAAUCUGGCAAGGAUAUGAUUGGUAUCGCCAAGACUGGUUCCGGAAAGACUCUCGCUUUUGGGGUCCCCAUGAUCCGUCAUAUCCUCGAUCAGCGGCCCCUCAAAUCCUCUGAUGGCCCGAUAGGUUUGAUACUUGCUCCGACCCGUGAGUUAUGCACACAGAUUGUCAAUGAACUCAAGCCUUUCCUGAAGGCAUCUGGGCUGCAUAUCGCCGGCGUGUUCGGUGGCCCCCCAGUAACGGAACACAUUGCCCUCGCGAAGCGCGGUGGGAACCAUGUUCUCGUUGGCACCGCCGGUCGUCUUAUUGACCUCAUGCAGGCCAAUCAAGGUCGUGUUCUCAAUUUCAAGCGCGUAACUUACGUUGUUCUCGAUGAGGCCGAUCGUAUGUUCGAUAUGGGUUUCGAACCUCAGGUUCUUAAAAUUCUGGCGAAUAUUCGCCCUGACCGUCAAACCAUCAUGUUCUCAGCCACACUCCCUAAGAAUAUGGCAUCUUUGGCUCGCAAAGAACUCACCCGCCCUGUUGAAGUGACAAUUGGCGGCCGUAGUGUCGUCGCUGAAGAGGUCGAGCAGAUUGUCACGCUCCUUCCACCAUCGUACGAUCGCAAAGUCACUGAGCUCAUCCGUGAAUUGGGAAUCCUAUUUGGCAAAAAUGACAAUGCACAGGUCCUCAUCUUUGUUGAGCGCCAAGAGGCCGCCGACGAUCUACUACAUAAGCUUAUGAAGAAUCGCUACAUGGCUGUAAACACUAUUCAUGGUGCUAAAGAUCAGAAUGAUCGUUCCGAAGCUAUCAACGAUUUCAAGCAAGGAGUCCUUCCCAUUCUCAUUGCUACUUCCGUUGCAGCCCGUGGCUUGGAUGUACCAGGUCUCGCUAUGGUCAUCAACUUUGAUUGUCCUACUCAUCUAGAGGACUACGUUCACCGAUGUGGACGUACUGGACGCGCUGGCAACAAAGGUACAGCUAUCACUUUCCUUGAGAAUCCCGGCCAAGAACGUUUCUCCCUCUUCAUCCGCAAAGCUUUGAGGCAGAGCGGUCAAAAGGUGCCAGAUAACAUCCGAGAGAUUGCCGAAGCUUUCGACAAGAAGAUCCAGAGCGGUGAAGAAAAGUGGUUUGACCCUGGAUUCGGUGGUAGAGGUAUCGAGAGGUUGGAUGCAGCCCGCGCUCAAGAGAAGCGACGUGAAAAGCGCGCCCACAAGAUCGAAGGCGAGGAAGACAGCGAGGAUGAAGCGGAGCUACCCGACGCCAAAAAGUUGAAGGCCGGCGCUGAUGCUCCAGCCGAUGCUGCUGCUGCUGCUGCUGCAGAACUCCCGUCGUAUAUGCAGAUUCUUACUAACAAGAUCGUUGUCAACAAGACGGAACGCGUUGUUGAAUCUGCCCCGAAGAAACCAAUGACUGCCAAGGAGAGGGCCAUGGCUGCUGCCAACAAGGUCGAUGGUCGUCUCAGUAGGAAGGGCAUGAUCCACCAUGGCCAACCAAUUGAUAACAAAGGUCCUGAUGCCGGAGCAUUCCACUCCACCAUCGAGAUCAACGACUUCCCUCAGAAAGCCCGCUGGGCAGUCACUAACCGUACAAACGUGGUCAAGAUUCUGGACAGUACUGGUGUCUCCAUUACUACCAAGGGCACCUAUUACCCGCCUGGAGGUGUUCCUGCUGAGGGUGGUGAGCCUAAGCUCUACAUCUUGGUCGAAGGUGACACCGAGAACGUAGUCACUUCUGCUAUGAUGGAGAUCACUCGUCUCCUUCGCGACGCAACACUGAACACAGAGGAAGCCCCGGCACCCCGCGGUGCUACAGGUCGCUUCACUGUUGUCUGA